UGUGAAUUGUGUGUUGUAUCUUAGUGAAUUAGGAUUCCAGUCUUAUGCGAUUUGUUGUCAGAAAGUAAUAAAAUGGGUGAAUAUGGUAAUGAAAAUAUGGUCAGGGACUGGCAAAGCGAUCCCAAGAAACUUGGAAAUCCUAUAAAGCCAAUUGAGGAAAAAUGGAAAUUGGUUUCAGCAUUUCUUACGGUGAAAGGUUUAGUGAAACAACAUAUAGAUUCUUUCAAUUAUUUUGUCAAUGUUGAAAUCAGGAAGAUCGUCAAAGCCAAUGAAAAAGUUUGCAGUGAUGCUGAUCCCCUGUUUUAUGUAAAAUACCUGAAUGUAAGUGUAGGUACACCAGAUGUUGAAGAAGCAUAUAAUAUUUCGAAGUCUACAACCCCACAUGAAUGUAGGCUUCGUGAUUUGACAUACUCAGCUCCUAUCACAGUAGAUAUAGAAUACACACGUGGGAACCAGCGGGUUGCAAGAAAUAAUCUGUUGAUUGGCAGAAUGCCCAUCAUGCUGCGUAGUUCUAAUUGUGUUCUCGCUGGCAAGUCUCAGUUUGAGCUUGCAAAAAUGAAUGAGUGUCCUCAUGAUCCUGGUGGUUACUUUAUUGUUAAGGGGCAGGAAAAGGUGAUUCUCAUUCAAGAACAGUUAUCACGCAACAGGAUGAUAGUGGAGGAAGAUCGUAAAGGAGGAAUUCAGUGUCAGGUGACCAGUAGCACUCAUGAGAAGAAGUCCCGAACCAAUGUGAUUGUGAAGAAUGGGAAGUACUACCUGAAACACAACACUCUGCAGGAUGACAUACCAGUUGCAAUCAUAUUUAAAGCCAUGGGAGUAGUGUGUGAUCAAGAGAUUGUUCAGAUGAUUGGAACAGAAGAUCACAUAAUUCAGCGGUUUGCCCCUUCAUUAGAGGAAUGUCAUAAAGCAAACAUUUUUACACAGAAUCAGGCGUUGAGGUAUUUGGGAUCAAAGACAAAGCAGAAGAGAUUUUUCUCCUCUGCUCCAAAGAAGUCACCAGUUGAUGAAGCACGAGACCUCUUGGCUACAAUGGUACUUGCCCAUGUUCCUGUGGAGAAUUUCAACUUCAAAAUGAAAGCAACGUAUACAGCCCUGAUGGUCCGCAGAGUCAUUCAAGCGCAAGGUGAUACAAAAGUGAUUGAUGAUAGAGACUACUACGGAAACAAGAGGCUGGAGCUUGCUGGCUCACUGCUUGCACUCAUGUUUGAAGAUCUGUUUAAGAGAUUUAAUUGGGAAUUGAAAAUGAUAGCAGACAAGAAUAUUCCGAAGAUUAAGGCAGCUCAGUUUGACAUUGUGAAGCACAUGAGACAAGACCAAAUCACAAAUGGACUUGUGCAUGCGAUAUCCACAGGUAACUGGACUAUCAAGAGAUUCAAAAUGGAGCGACAUGGUGUGACACAGGUUCUGUCAAGACUUUCAUACAUCUCAGCCCUGGGGAUGAUGACCCGUGUAAAUUCACAAUUUGAAAAGACAAGGAAAGUGUCUGGCCCUAGAUCUCUGCAGCCGUCACAGUGGGGAAUGCUGUGUCCCUCCGACACCCCUGAAGGAGAGGCAUGUGGGCUUGUAAAGAACUUGGCUUUGAUGACACACAUCACCACAGAAGUUGAAGAAGCGCCCAUUAUCCGUCUUGCCUUCAACAUUGGAGUGGAAGAUGUGAAUCUCCUAGGGGGAGAAGAAAUCAAUAGUUUUCAAGUGUACAUGGUGUUUCUUAAUGGUAACAUAUUGGGUGUCAUCAGAGAUUAUCAGCGCCUUGUACGAAUAUUUCGGAUGAUGAGGCGCAGUGGUUACAUUAAUGGGUUUAUCUCCAUUUAUGCACAGCACCAGCACAGAUGUGUCUAUAUCAGUUCAGAUGGUGGCAGGCUUUGUAGGCCUUACAUUAUAGUGGACAAGGGAAAGCCUUUGGUGAAGCAACAGCACAUCCAUGAGUUAAUGCAAGGAGUCAGGAACUUUCAGGACUUCCUUAAUGAAGGUUUGAUUGAAUAUCUGGACGUUAAUGAAGAGAACGAUAGUCACAUCGCUCUGAAUGAGUCAUACAUUGAUCCUCAGAUGACUACACAUCUUGAGAUUGAGCCCUUCACACUGCUGGGAGUGUGUGCUGGAUUAGUGCCCUAUCCACACCAUAACCAGAGUCCUAGGAACACGUACCAGUGUGCUAUGGGGAAACAAGCUAUGGGAGCAAUUGGGUACAACCAGAGAAAUCGUAUUGACACACUGAUGUACAAUAUUGUAUAUCCUCAAGCACCAAUGGUUAAGUCUCGCACCAUAGAGCUGAUUAAUUUUGAUAAGUUGCCAGCCGGCCAGAAUGCAACCGUGGCUGUGAUGAGUUACAGUGGUUAUGACAUUGAAGAUGCGCUCAUAUUGAACAAAGCAUCCAUUGACAGAGGCUAUGGCCGUUGUUUGGUGUACCGUAAUGCGAAGACCACAUUAAAGAGAUACGCCAAUCAGACCUAUGAUCGCAUACUUGGGCCUCUUGUUGAUGCUGAGACCAAGAAGCCCACAUGGAAGCAUGACAUCCUUGAUGCAGAUGGCAUUGCUGCUCCGGGUGAAAAGGCAGAAAAUCGACAAGUACUUGUAAACAAGUCCAUGCCAACUGUAACUCUGAACCCAAUCAAUCCUCUUCAAGCCCAGCCUGAAUACAGGGAUGUGCCACAAGUGUACAAGGGUCCUGUACCUUCAUACGUAGAGAAAGUGAUGGUGUCAUCUAAUGCAGAGGAUGCCUUCUUGAUAAAGCUUCUGCUGAGGCAGACUCGCCGCCCAGAGAUUGGAGACAAAUUCAGUAGCCGACAUGGACAGAAAGGAGUCACAGGCCUGAUAGUGGAACAGGAAGACAUGCCUUUUAAUGACCAAGGAAUUUGUCCUGACAUGAUUAUGAACCCUCAUGGCUUUCCUUCACGUAUGACAGUGGGGAAACUGAUAGAGCUGUUAGCCGGCAAGGCUGGUUUGCUUGAGGGCAAGUUUCAUUAUGGCACUGCUUUUGGUGGAUCCAAAGUGGCUGAUGUGUGUGAAGAAUUGGUUCGUCAUGGCUUCAAUUAUCAAGGAAAGGACUUCUUCUACUCAGGAAUUACUGGAGAGCCAUUACAAGCCUACAUCUAUUCUGGGCCAGUUUACUAUCAGAAAUUAAAGCACAUGGUCCAGGACAAAAUGCAUGCCAGGCCCCGGGGCCCAAGAGCCGUUCUAACAAGGCAACCAACAGAAGGCCGGAGCAGGGAAGGAGGUCUGCGUCUUGGCGAGAUGGAACGUGACUGUCUGAUUGGUUAUGGAGCGAGUAUGAUGCUUGUGGAGAGACUGAUGAUUUCCAGUGAUGCAUUCAAUGUGGAUGUAUGCAAUCAGUGCGGGCUGCUGGCAUACUCUGGCUGGUGCCACAGUUGCAGGUCUAGUGGCUCUGUGUCAACCAUCACCAUACCAUAUGCUUGCAAACUUCUAUUCCAGGAACUGCAGUCCAUGAAUAUUGUACCAAGACUGACACUCAAGAAUUACUGUGAUUGAACAUGACAUGCAAUUUGUAUUUCCUCCUCUAUCAGCUGUAUGUGAUAAUUCCUAAUAAAACAGUUGUACAGUGAUAUUAAAUACCAUACCAUAA